AUGGACUACCGCUCCAACGGCAGGUCGGUCCCGAAAACCUCCCUCUGUGAGCGCCCAGACGCCGUCUCAGCGCCCACUGGCCCUCAUACUUCAGCGCUAUCUACUGCCUCACCCUCAACCGACUCCUCAUCUGACUCGGCCCCUCCCACUGCCUAUCCCCCUUUUCAUCAUGUUCCUCCCCCCAUGAUGGACGUCGAUCAUUCUACCGUAGCGGAAGACCGUUCACGUCGAGCCACCAGUGUACUAUCCAUGGAUGAUAUCGAAGCCGCCCAAGCCCUGGAGGGCCUUCGCACUGACUACGGUCAAUCGCCGCGAACGUCGCAGAUGAACCGCCCCGAAUCCAAGCAGCAACCAGAGCCGCUCCUGUCCCUUCUCACCUCCACCCAUCCUCUUAUCUCAUCCGCUAUAAACGGCUCGGUGUCUGCCUAUGCAAAUUCCAAAUCCUAUUCCCCUCGUUUCAAAUCCAGCGCCGAAUUCCUCGAGCGCAACAUUGGCUCUCCCGUCGCCAACACGGUUGGCACCGUGGGCCGGAAGACUGGCGUGGAAAGUGGCCUUCGGUGGGCGUUACAGCGUCGGGUAUCCUCGUCAGCCCAGUCUAGUCGUUCUAAACGCCGUAAGGUUAGCAGCGAGCAACAGUCUACGGAGGUCGACGUAGAGAAGGGCCCAGAUCUGGCGAUGAGGCUGUCGCCGGGAGAGGGUCCCCCACCCUACGAUGAUCAGAGGUCUCCCAAUUAUGACGAGAUCGGUCGAGACAGUCCGUCGCGGCAGACUCCGUCCACAUGGCAGAGUCGACUGAUGAUCUCGACAUCCGGCCUGGGCGUGGCGAUGAGUGAGGAAUCGCUCCGAAGCCUGCAGUAUUGUCUGACUUGGCUGCGCUGGGCGAAUGGACGGCUGGACAAAGCGAUUGAGGCCCUCAAGGCCGCCCUGAAAGAAUGGGAUAGCUCAAGGCAGCAGAAUGGGGAUUCUACUGCAGAGCAGGACGCUUCCAGCACCACCGUCCUCUCGAAUCGCAUCCAGGCCGUCAAGGCGGAUGUGCUGGCGACGCUGAAACGCGUGGUGGACAUUGUCUCGAAAUAUGCCGGGGGAGCGCUCCCGGAGAAUGCACGGAACUUGGUGCGUCGGCAUCUUACCUCACUGCCGCAUCGGUUCCAGAUCGCGUCGAACUCCAACCCGCCGCCAGAUUCCAUGGCGGCGGCAUCGGACGCCACCGUCAGCGCCCAUCGCAUCCUCGUCUUGGCCCAGGAGGGCUUGGAUAUGAUGUCGCAGGUCAGCGGCGUAGUUAACGACACUCUGGUCAGCGCUGAGCAUUGGUGUGAAAAAUUGGGUCGGAAGCGCUCAGAGGGCAAGGCGCCGAUCGAGGCUCCGCCCCGAGAGCACGAUGAGCCGUACCCGGCGGAUAUCAAAGUUCCAGUUCAGGAGCCAUCCCCUCGAGAUGUCUCCAUGACAGGAAUGGAGAAGGUUUAG